AUGCUGGCGAGUGGUGGUGCAAAGGCGACCGGCAUGGCUAGUGGUGUUGUGGCUGCCGUGCUGCGGCACGUGAGCAGGAGAAUACCAGCAACAGCAACAGGAACACCAGCAGCAGCGGCGCCAAGGUGGUUGCCGCAUGUGCGCACCGCAACCACGUUCAGUAUGGAAGACCUUGUCCAGGCCCGCGUGCACCUCGGUCACACGCACGGUGUCAACAACCCAAAGAUGGACGACUUCAUCUACGAGAAACGCCAUGGCCUGACAGUCCUGGAUUUGGACAAGACCGUGCCCCUGCUGCAGCGCGCCCUUGACAUUACCAGGGAAAUUGCUUCCCGUGGCGGCGUGAUCUUGUUCGUAAGCAAUCGUCCUCAGUUUGAGACGAUGGUGCGACGCACCGCCACAUCUUGUGGCGAAUACUUUGUCUCCAAGAAGUGGGUUGGAGGCUGCCUCACCAACACAUACAGGGUGCUCGGCGGCAUGCAGCUGCCAGAUCUUGUUCUGUUCUUCUCGCUGCCCGUGAACCAGGCUGCUCUCAAGGAGGUGCGUGACUGCAUGAUCCCGUGCGUCGGGCUUGUGGAUACGGACUGCGAUCCAAGCAGCGUCGACUACCCCGUCCCUGCCAACGACGACUCGGAGACCUCUGUGAACCUCAUGCUGGACCUCUUUGCCGGCGCCGUCAACGAAGGAAAGGCCGAGCUUGCACGCCACCCGGAGACGAGCUACCGGUUUGACGUUGAGGAGUAUCGACAGCAGCUUGCCGAGGCGGCGGCGGGGAGGCAGCAGCGCCCGCGCACCGCCGGCACACGUAGGCUUGACCUCACCCGGAUGACCACACUCGAUCCAGCCCUUGCCGAGCAGGCCGCACGCGUGCACCACCACCAACAGCAGCAGCAGCAACAGCAGCAGCAGCAGAGGCAGCAGCAGCAGCAGCAGCGUGGUGGUGGUGACAGGCGUGGUCGGCGUGGUGCAGAAGAGAAGCCUGCCAAUGUGAAGACGCGGGUUGAACUGGACAGCGCUGAGCCGCAGGAGGUGGACGAGGCGACAGCACGUGUUGCAGGCGCACACCGCUACCGAACGCGCGUGGUUGUGCCCAAGAAGUAGAGCUGCGGCUUGUGGCGCUAGCUGAUGAAGCAUGCGUUCGUGUGUGAUUGGUGUGUGUGUGUGUGAGUGUGUGUGUGAGUGUGUGUGUGAUUGGUGUGUGUGUGUGGGGGGGGGGAUUCGUGCGUGAGUGAUUGUAUGCGCAAACACGCGCGCGCGUGUGCGAAUAGUGCCGUUGUUGUUGAAGAGAUGUGUGUUUCUUUGGAUUGAUGUUUUGUCGUGUGCUCAAUGUUGUUUGUAAGACUAAAGAGCUUCGAAGACUCUGGUCCCAUCACAUCAAAGAUGUCAGCCAGCACCAAUUGAAC